AUGCGGGGGGUCUCACAUCCCCGUCAGAUCUCGCAUGCCAAGAGAGACGGCAAGGGAAGGAAGCAUCAGGCCGACGCCGACGCCGACGCCGCCGAGCUCAGUGCCAAUCUAUCGGAAUUCCACUAUGCACAAUCUCGCCUGCCUGUCUCUGCCUCUCUGCCUGCUGCUGCUGCUGAAACUCGACUGAUACAUCACGCUACAACAAUCACAACUACCUCUCGACCAUCUCCAAAAUCAUCCACCACUCACUCCAUCACAGGAACACUCUCCAGUAACCCGAAAAGAAGCAAUGGCAUCCAACUGUGUACGCGACCCGCAAGGCUGCUGCUGCUGCCACCACCACUCCUCCUCCUCCUCCUCCUCCUCCCCAUUCUCCACCACCACCAACACGCCUCGCUAACGAUAUACUUCUCAAACCAGCCAAUCCCCGUGCAACGCCUCAAGCAAAUCUGCAACGACGCCUGCGACGCCGCCAUAAGCUCUGCGUCCGUCUACGAACAUUCCCAAACCCAAGCCUGGAACAACGCCAUCAUCGGCAACAUCCUGCAACAACUAAUCUCAGAAUCCGACAACACGCCCCCAAAACACAAAUUCAUCGUCAACACCACCAUCAUCCAACACUUGAGCGAUCCACGGCCGUCGGGAGAGAAUGCGAGCGAGAAGAAGGUGGGCAGGAGGGGAAUGCAUUCUGCGAGUGGAGCUUUUUGGAAUAAUGAGAAGGAUGGCAUGUGGAGUCAUAAGUAUGAGGGAGGGGAGGGGAAGGGCAUGGAUAUUGUUGUGUCGGUUAUGUGGGUUGCUGUGUGA